AUGGUGGUUACUGAAAUCGGUAAUGACGAAGAAUACGACCAAAUCCAGUCCAACUUCCGGCCUGUGCGUCGGUUCUUGACCCGGUUCGUGUUUUUGACUGCCAUCAUCCCUUGCCUUCUGCUUUUAUGGGCUUCCAAGAUCCAGGGAGAGAUCCUGUGGGCUCUUGGACAGGACGGAAGCUUGGGUGGAGUCAAGCUCUAUCUCGCUUGGUUUGCUUUUGCCAUUGAGGGCCUCUGGUCAGCCGACGCAAUCGCUGCCUCUUUGGUCAAAGCAGCAUCCUUGUUUGCUCGGUAUCGGCCCAGACUUCGGUUACUGGGUGAUAAUGUGCCGUGCGUGGACAUCAUCAUCCCAGUCUGCAACGAGAAGCUCGACAUCAUCCAAGAUACCGUUCGCGCUACACUCAACAUCGACUACCCUGCUCAUCGGUUCCGAGUCAUCGUGUCUGAUGAUGGCCGGAACCAAAAGCUGGAGGCUUGGGUUUUGCAGCUGGCCGCCGACACGUCCAACUUGUAUUACACCGCGCGUGUCAAGUAUGGGCCGGCAGGGUACAAAGCUGGCAACCUCAAUCAUGCGAUUACUGUGUCUGACACCCUUCCUGGUGGGCGGGCUGAGCUUGUAGCUGGGUUGGAUGCUGAUAUGAUUCCUGAAAAGAGGUGGCUGAGGGCGUGUGUUGCACAUCUGAUCAGGGAUCCCAAGAUGGGAGUUGUUUGUCCUGCCCAAUUGUUCUACAAUGUGCCGGAAAAUGACCCGCUGAAUCAGCAGAGCUCUAUCAACUGGCUUUGUAUGGACAUCAUCAGGGACCAUGCCGGACUCGGCUGGAAUCUCGGAUCUGGCUGGGUCGUCCGAAGAGAGGCGGUGGACGAUAUCGGUGGGUUUCCUACAGACUGCCUUGUCGAGGAUAUCUACAGCUCCAUGCUGCAGAUGGCAGAGGGGUGGCGUUCUGCCUAUCUGGCCGAGUCGCUUCAGUAUGGUCUGGUUCCCGAAACAUAUGCUGCUCAUGUGAAGCAAUUUGCUCGAUGGCAGUACAUCGGUGGAGCUCAGAUGUUUGUCAACUUCAAGGGAUAUCUCUCCAGCAAACUGACCAAGCGGAUGACCCUUGCUGCCAAGUUGGUCGGCUUCUCCAGCGGUAUUAACGUCCACGCCAAGGCUCAGCUAGCCACGGUAUUCAUGUUGUUGACGCCCUUUGUGUUCUUGACUGGUACACACCUGAUUUAUUGGCGAGACGAGGCGGAAAUGAAGCUAUUGCUUCGACUUUACUGUGCCAUUGUCCUGACACGCUAUCUUCAUGACUGCCACAUCGGUGUGAUGGCUGGGUACCGGGUUGCAGUCAUGGAGACGGGUAUGAUGAGAUACAUGUCUCAUUAUUACACUGUUGCGUGGUUCAAGACGUUUUUCCUGGGUAAGCCUGAUGGAUUCACCCCAACGGGGAGCAUUGCCAACAGCCUCCAAGAGCGGAACCCUGCACGCCGUGCUCCUUUCCGCGAGCGGCUGCGCCAUAUCCUUUUCGACUGUGGUGCCUGGGUUCAACUGAGCGUCGUGCUGGCAUUUGCCUCAUGUGCCUCCCUCCAGACAUUCCGAGUACUCGGACCACAUUGGAUGUCUGGCAACUGGGUUUUCAAUAGAGACAUGUGGGUUGAGCUGCUCAAGACAGUAGCGUGGCCAUCGCAUCUUUGGUUUCCGACAAUGUUGGGAUGCUUGACGCCGCUGAGGUACGCUCUCCGGCCACCUAGCGUACCUGAGCGGGACAGACUUCUCGGAAAGCGGGAGGAAAACGGUGCGCGUUACCCAACGGAGGAGGCAAAGCAUGUCAGGUGGUCUUUGUUCGAGGUGGACUUUGUGGUGCUGUACACCCUGUUCAUGGGUUAUGUUGCGGCUGUUUUUGUCGGGAGUUGGUGGCUGUGA